UUGAGGAAUACUUACGAAUGUGAUCUAAAAAUUGACUCACAACUAUUUCAGCAUUUCAAGACUGCCGAGAUUUCCGUGCCCAAGAUUGAAUUCAAAGUCGUGGAUUCCCUAAUUACAGCUCUUCCCCAUAAAAACCGCCCUGAGGAAUUUGUCAAGUUUAAGGAAAAAACCAAAUCCGAUUAUGAUCGAAUGGUAGAGUAUGAUUGCGACGAAGAGGACUACCUUUGGAUAAAAAACGUGAACAAAAUUCGCAAAAAGAAUAAGGAAAAACUUAUAACGCCAGAGCUGAUGGAAAAAGUCAUGGACAGACUUGAAAAGGAGAGCUGCUUUGAAGUGGUGGGUCUCAUAUUAAAUGCUUAUACUUCUAGUGAAGUGAAAGGGUCACCCUCAAUGGUUCCCGGAUCUUCUAUGGAUGGUGAUGAUGUUUGCUGUGUUUGUGGUGAUGGGGAUGUAAAUAACGUUAAUCAGAUAAUAUACUGCGAUAUGUGUAACAUAGCAGUUCAUCAGGUUUGUGUUUUGGAAGUUUUGGACCUAGUGAACUGUUCGAUAACCCUUUUCGCUGAUUUAUUUGCGAAGAGAAUCUACAGAGAUUUGCUUAUUCCUUUUGCUCAGGACUGUUAUGGAGUGCCAUACAUUCCUGAGGGACAAUGGCUGUGUCGCCGGUGUAAAUUGUCGCCGUCGACACAGGUGGAAUGUUGUUUGUGUCCGAAUACUAGUGGAGCCUUCAAGCAAACUAGCGAUGGACGAUGGGCACAUGUGAUUUGCGCUAUCUGGCUGAAUGAGGUACACUUUGGUAACACCGUUUUCCUGGAACCUAUAGAAGGUGUAGACGCUUCUUUGGAACGACGUUGCAAGUUAAAAUGUCUGGUAGGAAAAUUUAAUUUGCUUGACUUGAGAGUAUUUACCAGUAAGGAUGAAAUGCGUCGCAUUGUUCAUCGUCAUAACUCCAAAGGCUUUAGGAAGAAGAUGGGCGCAUGCUUGCAGUGUUCAACUCGUAGCUGUUUGAAAGCUUUCCACGUCACAUGUGCUCAACAGUCAGGGAUGGCAAUGCAGAUAAAGACGAAUCCCGAUCCCGAAAGUUCUGAUCUCGUUGAUGUUCAG